CCAGGCUCCCGUUCGAAGCACGUUGGUCCUAACACGUGCUGGCAACUUCGCCGCAUCCACACGUGCAGAAAAAACCGGGUGGAGAUACUGGGAUUUGGCGGGCGGGGCUGCACUGCGGCUGCGACGGUAGAAGCAGCCUCCCUGCAGCGCCUGAGAAGCGCGGCCUCUUGCACGCUUGGCCCCGAGGAAGGAAGGGCGAAGGAAGGAAGGAAGGAAGGAAGGAAGGAGCCGAGCGAGGAUGGUGCGGCGCGGCUGCUGCCGGGCGGCGGCGGCGCUGCUGCUUCUGCGGGCGGCGAGCGGAGGAGACCCGCUGCGGGACGAGGACGAAGACGGGCGCGGGAACAGCCGGCCUUACGCCGUGCUCCAGACGCAGAACCUGGUUCUGAUGGGAAGCGUCUUCGGCAUCCUGCUCGUCGCCAUGAUCCUGCUGUCUGUGUGUGUGUACAAGCCCAUUCGCCGACGGUAGCCCAGGAGCAGACUCUUCAGGAGGGCUGGGCCUGGUGGCUGGAGGGGAGACCCAGCUCCCAACACCAACACGGGCCAUGUGCUCUGAUAUACACUUCAUCUUCAUGCCCAACAAGCUUCUGGGCACGCUGGAGGGGACCCUGAAACUGAGAUGGGCUGUGCUUCCUUCCAUCUUCCAUGUAAAAGUUGUUUUGCUCCUGGUCUGAUUGCUCCAGUUGCUGUUCCGUGAGAGAGAGAGAGAGAGAGAGAGAGAGAGACUGUGUGUGUGUGUGUGUGUGUGUGUGUGUGUGUGUGUGCGCAUUUGUGCUGCAGGGAUUUGUGACUUAACAGAGCAUUAAAAAAUACACUCUGGUUGUUUUCAGUUGGGCACUCCUGGACUUUCAAAAAUGCUGAGCAUAUUUUGAACUGGGAAAGAAAGGCAGCAUUUUAUGAAAAUUGUUUCGUUGUGUGUGUAUGAACCAGAGGCUCCCACCACCCCAAAUUGUUGUCUGUAAUAUACAGUACUUGCUGACAAAACAUAGUGAACGCCUCCCCACACUAUUUCUAUUUUUCAUCACUAUUUGCACUUCUUCAGGUGUGUGGGAAGACUGCAUCUCUCAGAUGUGCUUUAAACAUGUUAGUUGCACUGUGGAGCAUUGAAAUCACACUCUGCUUUGUUGAGGGAGCUUAUAAAACAGAGAUGGGGAACCUAGCCCAGCCAGCAGGACCAAUGAUUGGGGAGGCUAGGAAUUUUAGUCCAAUGACAUCUGGAGAAUGACAGAUUCCCCACCCCAGUCCCUUUCUGGUUGGUUGUAUUAUUUUGCAGAAAGGUUAUACUUACCAACCACACAACUUAAUCCAUUCCGGUUUGAGUGAUCCGUUAGUCAUGACAGGGGUCUUCAGAAGCUGCCACUGUCCUAAGCCUCUGGGAAGAGGUCUAGCUUAGUCACAGGGUUCUUGCUUGUGCAUGCAAAAGGUCCCAGCCAGGUGCAAACCCCACCUCCUUAGGUGGGGCUGGGAAUUGCCCCCUGCCAGAAACUCUGAGAGCCUCUACCAAUCAGUGCAGACAGUCCAGAACUAGAUGGACCAUUGGUCCAUGGCAUAAAGGCAGCUUCCUAUGCUUCCAGGUUUCAAUCAUUUAGCAUCGCUUCUCUGCAUCAGAAAAUGCAGAGCUUAGCACUAAGCUAAUUGUCCAGUAGCACCUUGGAGACCAACUAAGUUUGUUCUUUGUACAGUAUAAGCUUUUGUGUGCAUGCACACUUCUUCAGAAACACUGAAACAGAAGUCACCAGGCCCUUCUGGUGGGGUGGGGGUUUUCUCAGGACCAGACCUGGAGGCAGGGAUGGUCCUCAAACAAUGACUAAGCUUGCCUCCUCAGUAAUGACAUGCUCUGGUCUUAGCGUAACUCCUCCUCCUGCCUGUGUCCCAAUACAUUCCCCCCCCCCCCGUGGAACCUGCCCCAGCCAUUCUGUAGGCUGAAGCCCCCUCCCAGGCACCACCGACCAUAUCCCCCUAAAAAGCAAAAUACAAACUAUACAGUAACUUAACAAAAGAGUAAAAAUAGAAACAAAACAAGAAAUAAUUAUACUAAAAUUAAACUACUCCCUACCCCAACAAAACAUUUGCCCCAGCCCAAAC